UUCUUCUCAGUUGCAGAUACUCGUGAGUUUUCGGCAGUUUCCGUGGAAACUCGGAAACUCUCGCGCCUGGCAAGCUCGAGCCGAUCGCCCGGUGCAUAGGCGCAGGGUCUCCGGGUAGUCAUGGCGUCCCCAUCUCGGAGGCUGCAGACUAAGCCGGUCAUUACUUGUUUGAAAAGCGUUCUCUUGAUCUACACUUUCAUCUUUUGGAGGGGAGUUUUUCACAGGUAAGUAUGGUGUGAAUCUAUUCCUGCCAGCCUCUCUCCUUGGGUUUUCUUUUGUGUACCAUCCCUUUGUAUCCUAUGUCCAUCCCAAAAUUGGGGAUGGGGGAUUCGAGAAGUUUCUGGAAUUCAGAAACGCCUUUAACCCUUCCCUCUCUACAAGAUGGUUUUCUUUCUCGGACUGGAUUAAAUUGCUUGAGGAAAUUUUCAUUUCUAGACAUGUAUGCCGCAGGGAAUGUAUUUUACACAACGAAACAGAUGGAUUCAUGCAGUUUUGAGAUGAUACCUAGUACACAACCCGCCUUUUUUUUUUCUUUUUUGCAGAACCCUUUUCUCCUACCUCUUCCAUAUUUACCCCAUCCCAUCCCCCCAUAUCCUAGCCACUGUGCUGUGGCAACUGGGCUGUUAAUCAAUUCUCACAAGCAUUGUGUCUUAGAUGCCUCCUGAGUUUGUGAUCAAGGACUCAAGCUUGUACGGUGCCUGAUUGUUUCUUUCUCUGGUUUCUCACAUAGAUCACUGGUGUUAUCCUUCUUGCCGUUGGCAUUUGGGGCAAGGUGAGCCUGGAAAAUUAUUUUUCCCUCUUAAAUGAGAAGGCCACCAAUGUGCCUUUUGUGCUCAUUGGCACAGGCACUGUCAUUAUUCUCUUGGGCACCUUUGGUUGUUUCGCUACCUGUCGAGCCUCCGCCUGGAUGCUGAAACUGUACGCGAUGUUUCUGACACUCAUUUUUUUGGUCGAACUAGUUGCCGCCAUUGUUGGAUUUGUUUUCAGACAUGAGAUUAAGAACAGCUUUAAAAGUAACUAUGAAAACGCUCUGAAGGAGUACAACUCCACAGGAGACUAUAGAAGUGAAGCUGUAGACAAGAUCCAAAGUACGUUGCAUUGUUGCGGUGUCACCAAUUACGGAGAUUGGAAAGGUACGAACUAUUACUCAGAAACAGGAUUUCCCAAGAGCUGCUGUAAACUGGAGGGCUGUUAUCCACAGAGAGAUGCAGAUAAAGUCAACGAAGAGGGUUGUUUCAUAAAGGUAAUGACAACUAUAGAGUCAGAAAUGGGAGUCGUUGCUGGAAUUUCUUUUGGAGUUGCUUGCUUUCAGCUAAUUGGAAUCUUUCUUGCCUACUGCCUGUCUCGUGCCAUAACGAAUAACCAGUAUGAGAUAGUAUAAUCACUACACACGGGCUCAUAUCUCCUCAGUUUUAAGGUUACCUUUGUGAGUUAUAACAGCGCCUGGAUGGAGACUGACAUCUGCUUAGCCUGAAAAGCUACACCAGUAGGCUGAUUCAAUCAAGAUACUUGUGUAUUGUAUUCUGUGUCCACUUUCUGUCCUAUUCUUACACCCCUGUAUCUCUGAAACACUGGAAGUGCUAGUAAAUUGUAAAUGAAAUAAUACCCUGUUUCCCUUGGAUUUGAUUUCUCAGUGUAGGAAUUGUGAGAAGUGCUGUGAACUUGCCAUUUCCCUAACAGUGUCACUGGUGGAACUUUAACCCCUAUGAAUUUGUCGUUGAUGUAGUGUGAUAGAAAAUUGGUCUCCUUGAGUGGGCCUUGUACUAGUCAAGAUUGUCUGGCUUGAUUAUAUAAUAUCCAAAAAAAGGAAAACAUUUCCUUAGCCUCUGCUGGUAGGCAGAGUUGCAUUGUAUAAUUUCAUCCCAGCUGGUCAUCAGAUGGUGCCCAUCAAUGGCGUUCCUGCAUGGUGGUACCAGUCUCAGGCUUUGGGUGCAAAGGACAGAGACUAAGAGCCACCACUUGUAUUCUGUGAUACAUCAGCUUUCAGCACACAAUGUAUGUGCUUUUAUCACCAAACUAAGGCAUUCAUACGGAUUCUACUUUAUUAUUUGAAAGGUUAUAAUUACUUUAAUGGCAUCAGAACUCUUGUAUUUUCCUUAUGAAUUUACUGGAACUUACUUGAUUAACUUUAGCUAGCUAUUCCUCACCAAGCAAAUCAUACUUAAUACCAACUGUCAGCAUUUUGGUUAAUUUUAAUAGUAUUCAUUUUGUUUUGUAUCCUUGAUUAAUAAAUAUAAAUCCUUUACACAAUAAAUACUGCAUUUCCUCUAAAA